CGCCCUCUCACUCGCACACACGGAGAGAGAGAGAGAGCGCAGAAAGUUUGGUGGGAUACCGACGGGUAGGAAGUGACGGGACUGUAUGAAUUUCAGGAGGAGGAAAAAAAGGAAUAUCAACACAAAGCAGAAUGAGAAGCAGCGUGCGGUGAUCGUCUGGCUGUGAGCUGUAGUGCGUGUGAAACUGAAGUGCGCAUGAUCUUAAACAACAACACCGGAGCGAGAAACUUUCAAUGGGAGUGAAGUAUGUUCCCCACAAGUGAAAAGCAGAGAUUUUAGUAAGCGGAUUGAUUGGAGGUGCGCUUGGAAGUACUGGCACACGGGCGGGGGGGCCAUAUGGAAGAAGUGUGAGGUAUGAACUAGCGAGAGCCCCCGCUUUCAGCUUGAAGGGGAAAGACUUUACGCAAAACCCAAGAACACAGUUGGGGGAUAUGAACGCAGAGCUGUGGGUUUCGCCUCGAGUUUUUCCUUCAUGGGCUUCGGUCUUGCGUCUUUGGGGAUGUUUGCGAGUUGCAUCUCUGCGGCUUCGGUUCGGAUACUGACCCGUCUCUGCGCCCUGGUGCUGGUCGUCGCCGUGGGACUCGGUUCGGAGCUGCGGGUCCGCGUCCGGCUCGCUGACGGACUGGUGACUGAGGAGCUUUUGGAGGCGGACAGCGAGAGGGACUCGAUAUCGCUCGAAUUCAAGCAGGGAGACGGGACGCUCAUCACUUUCGUGGCGGACUUCAAACAGGAUGUGAAGAUAUUCCGUGCGCUGAUCCUGGGCGAACUGGAGAGGGGGCAGAACCAGUACCAGGCGCUGUGCUUCAUCUCGCGGCUCAACCGCAAUGAGAUCAUCCCCAGCGAGUCCAUGGCCCGUCUCAGACAGAAAAACCCUCACGCCAUUCGCCUGGCGGAGGAGCGGCGCGGACUGGAGCAGCUGACGAUGAGCGCCGCGGUCAAUCUGAGCCGGGCCUGGCAGCUCAGCUCCCACAUCCACAACAUGUGCAGCGAGGCCCGGGAGGCCAUCUACACCAGGGAGGCAGAUGUCAAACACUGGCUGGACAAAGGAUUGGACAGCUCCAUAUUCGAGGUCUUGCCCCAAACAACAGAGGUGCCCAGCUUUCAGGCCUGUCAUUCUACUAAAGACUUGUGGCAGCCCUGUCUCUGCACGUACAGCCUGCGUUUGGAGUGGUACCCGUGUCUGCUGAAAUACUGCCGAAGCCGGGACACGACGGGAAAAGGCUCUACGUACAAGUGUGGCAUAAAGAGCUGUAGCAAGGGCUACCAUUUUACCUACUACGUUCCCCAGAAACAGCUCUGCCUAUGGGAUGAGGAGACCUAGCAUUUUUCUCUGCAGGGUUAAGAAAGACUCUUUUUUUCCUCCCCUUUGCCAAGCCGGUGCUUCUCCACCCAUGCUGUUCAAACUAAACCCAGUAAGACUGGACCUCGGUUUAUGUGAUGCUAAGUGUGGCUGUCUCAGGUGGGGGAAUGCUCCGGUCCAGAUGUCAGUGGUAAAACAGACGAAUUCAGGUUCCAAGUGAGGCCAAAACCUCGUUAGGAAGCUUCUCCUGGGUGAAAUGACGUCUCACUGUCCGAUUUGCGGCGACUCCGCCAAGAAGCUGUCACUUUUGUGCCUUUUCGGAGGAAUUAUUGGAGCAACAAUGACCUCUCAAGCAAGCUAUGGUAUGCACAGAGCUGGACAGCGCACUUGCGGCGGGUUAAACGCCGGCGGAGGAACAAUAGCAUCCCGUUCUAACUCAGAGUAGCUACACAAAUAUAAUCUUCCAUCCUUGUGAAGGAAAAUUCAGAUGGUGGAUGUGUCCUCCUUUCAAAGCUCUGUGAAGAACUGUUUAUUUCCAGUGAAAUGUCAGUUUAUAACAACGUAAACAGGCGGAGUAAGAAAACCGCCUUUCCCAAAUGCUGGCUUUAUUUAUUUUGGUUGCAAAGUGAAAUUAUGGAGGACUAUUUUUGUAUCUUUUUAUUGUAAUAACUUCAUCGACCUUCUUUCCCUUUUGCAUUAAACAAGCUCUUAAGUCCACAUUUCUAAACCGACAGCCCUCUGUAAGUAUUCAAACACACUUUAACUUCUUGGCUGUUUUGGAUGUUGUUUCUCAUCGGUAUGUCUUCAUUGGUGUACAGACGGAGUAGAUCAGCAGACUUAUUAUUAUAUUUAAGGAGAGAGUUUUAGUUCUGGUUUGUCCCAUCAGAACCUAUUCCCACCACUCACAUUCUUAGUUGGCUUAAAAAGUGUCAAAUAAACCAAAGUCAAAAUAAAUACUGUCAAAAGAAGGGUAUAAAGUUUCUAGAAAUUACCUCUUCUCUUAAGUCACUAACUCUGCAGCGUCGCUGUUUAAAUCAUCUCUACUGCCAUCUUCUGGUCAACCAGCGUUUCAGUUUCUUAUGCUCUCGACUGUGUCCCACUGCCAAGAUUUUUAUUUCAGUCACAGGUUCUGUCUGUUCAUGUCACCAGUUUAUAAUUUAUGCAAAAUCCCUCAUCAUUUAUGUUUCAUAUGUAAUUCAAGGAGCACUUCUUGAAUGCGUGGGACCAAAUUAAAUAUUGUUCACUUGACUUGAGAAACAAGUUAGAGUAGGAUUUUGAAUCGUCUUACCGCCGUCUUCAUUUCGGUCUGUACUGCCAUAUCAAAAUUUUGUGUCUUUCUGUGUUCUGCUAACUAAAGAACCAAAUGAGUGAAACAUUUCUAAUUGUGGCCUUUUUUGGUGAUCAAGUGCCUUAACAUUUCCACUGAUGUUUUUUUUUUUUUUUUUUUUUUUUUUUUUUGCUAUGUAAUUGUAGAUUAUUUUUUCUAUGAAAGAGUUUUGAAUAUGUUUAAAAAAAAAAAAAAAGCAAAACACAAAUGUCACCAAGAGGAGAAAAUGAAGCAAUUAGGUGAUGUACUGGUUAAGAGCUGUUUUACAUAAAUUGUUUCAAUAAAGUUUUUCUGUGCACUGCA